UGUCCUUUGUCCAGCAACGAAAGAAUCUAGCGAACGAGAAAAGAUCAUCCGGUAUUCGAUAAAUGGAGAACCCAGCGGAUGAAGGCAGCGGAAGAAACCGUAGCAGCAAACCAUACUGAUACAAAGAAUCACACAAUGGUGCACAGUGGUGCGUUAGUUUCGCACUAUCUGCUGCGACCAUUAUCUUCUGCCGCUGUUGUCGUCGACGCCGUCGCUGCUGCACCCGUUGCAACCGUACUGGAACAUAGCAGCAGCAGCUCGUCGGUACCGUUGUUACCACGGUUACCAUCCUUCAAAUCGUGCGUGAAUCUACCGUCAAUCGUACCGAAGCCUUCUCAGCCAACAUCAGCGCUGGUUACUGCGUCCCCGUCGUCGUCGUCGGUUCCGUGUUUGUCGUCCCAACGCAAGUCCACGUCAAUUUUAAUUGUCUCCAAAGGAUCGGAGCUGCCAGAGUGCAGGAGAUAUAGUGCGGAACAAGCCAUUCGCAAGAAGAAGGAGGGUAGUAGACUCGUUUACGAAGCUCACAGUCCCUAUCGAUCAGUACACGGAAGGUUUCACCGCCAACAAAGAUCGAUCGUAGGCCGGUAAAGUAUCUUGA